UCGUACUUCGCGACGCUCGGCGUUCACAUUCAAUCCUCAAGCUCCUUCGGCUACGCGUCACGUGAGAGAAAGAGAAGAGGACGAGCGGUUUAAUCGACUCCCAGAGGAGCCAGUUCACUCGUCCCGAAGCUUUUCCAGCAACAGAGUUGAGAAGGAAACGAAGAACGAGAAUGAUGACAGGAACAAGCAUACUAACAUCGAGUGUAGCUGUUCUAUACGUGGUUGGAAUAUCUGUUGCGGCAAUGGAAGAAACACCCUCUUCCUCGACGAACUUUCAACACUACAACACGAUGUUGAAUUCAGUAGGUUUUGACGAUCCAGUUCCAGACAAAAGAGCAUACACUUACGUUUCCGAGUACAAAAGGCUACCGGUUUACAACUUCGGUAUUGGAAAGCGUUGGGUCGAUAAUGGCGACGAUAAAAGAGGACGACCGUAUUCCUUCGGCCUGGGUAAACGACUGAAGCAAUACAGUUUCGGUCUGGGAAAGCGAAACGACAACACCGAUUAUCCAAUCAGGCUAAACCUUGAUUAUCUUCCCAUGGAUAGUCUCGCCUUGGAAUCGCAAGAAAACUCGAAUGAUUUUCUCGAAGAAAAACGAGGAAGACAACCGUACAGCUUUGGACUGGGCAAAAGAGGCAUGCACUUCGCAUCCGGACAAUCGGUGACCACUGGAAAAAGACCAAACGAUCCUUUUAGCCAGAGAUAUCACUUUGGUCUUGGCAAAAGAAUGUCUGAGGACGAUGAGGAUUCGCUGCAAUAGGACCUCUUGGUCCGGAACUACGUCGCUCGAUCAGUCGAACGAUACUCGAUCAUGUAAACGCGUCAAAAAAGUAGCUCCACCUCGAUGUCGCACAGUUUUAUUGUCAGACAAAAGUAUAUCGAUAACGACAACAAUAAAGAACAAGUUUUGAAGUUUCAA